AUGGCUAAUACAACCCAGGCACAAAUUCAGCCUUCUCUAGAGGAGGUCGCCUCUGUCCUCUCGAGAUCGAAGUCCUCUCGAUACCCACCUAACCUCGUGCCGCUUUGUGCUCAAAUCCCUGCCGAUCUUUUCACUCCCACACAAGCAUAUUUGAAAGUCUCAGAUGGCUCUAAGCUCUCGUUCUUGUAUGAGAGCGCGGCGACAACAGGAACCAUUGGCCGAUACAGUUUUGUUGGAGCCAAUCCACUCAGGGUCAUUAAGUCAGGUCCGGGUCAUGGACCUGAAGAAGAUCCUCUACCACGCCUUGAACAAGAGCUGUCACAAUACCGAGUAGCAACUAUACCUUCGCUCCGACUUCCACCUUUGACUGGGGGUGUGAUUGGAUAUGUCGGCUAUGACUGUGUACGGUAUUUCGAGCCCAAGACGGCCCGUCCUAUGAAGGAUGUCUUGAAGUUGCCGGAAAGCUUCUUCAUGCUCUACGAUACCAUUGUUGCCUUUGAUCAUUUCUUCAAUGUCUGCAAAGUCAUUACCUACCUCCAAGUUCCCUCGUCGGGCUCUGCUUCGGAUCUUUCCUCAGCAUACAGCAAAGCAUGUGAAACGUUGCGGAAAAUGGUGUCAAUCCUGCAGGCCGAACACAUCCCACUUCCACAUCAACCUCCCAUAGCCCUGAAUCAGUCUUCAAAGUCGAACAUAGGAAAAUCAGGAUACGAAGCCCACGUCACACAGUUGAAAAAACACGUGUGCAAAGGAGACAUUAUUCAAGCCGUCCCGUCGCAUCGGAUAGCACGACCCACCACUCUACACCCUUUCAAUAUUUAUCGUCAUUUACGAACAGUCAACCCGUCACCUUAUCUAUUCUACAUCGAUUGCGAAGCUUUCAGUAUCGUUGGAGCAUCGCCGGAAUUGCUGGUUAAAGAGGAGGCUGGUCGAAUCAUCACACAUCCUAUUGCAGGCACCGUCAAACGAGGUCAAGGUCCUGAAGAGGAUGAAAGACUGGCCGAGGAGUUGCGCAAUAGCAUCAAGGACAGAGCCGAGCAUGUCAUGCUGGUAGAUUUGGCAAGGAACGAUGUGAAUCGAGUCUGUGAUCCACUAUCCACGCGAGUCGACCGACUCAUGGUGGUGGAGCGAUUUAGUCAUGUGCAGCAUCUUGUCAGCCAAGUUUCCGGAGUCUUAAGAGACGGCGAGAACAGGUUUACCGCGUUUCGAAGCAUUUUCCCGGCUGGCACAGUCUCUGGGGCACCAAAAGUCAAAGCGAUGGAGCUCAUUGCCGAACUCGAAAAAGAGAAGCGAGGAAUAUAUGCGGGCGCUGUUGGAUAUUUUGGUUUCUCCCGGGUCUCAAUAGAUGGAUCCAAAAUCGAAGAUGACGGUGCUAUGGAUACUUGCAUUGCUUUACGCACGAUGGUUGUGAAGGAUGGCGUCGCUUACUUGCAAGCCGGCGGCGGUAUUGUGUUUGACAGCGAAGAGGAGGAUGAAUGGAUUGAGGCCAUGAACAAGUUGGGUGCAAAUAUCAGAACGAUUGAGGAAGCCGAGAAAAAAUAUCUCGCUCUAGAAAAGAUGGCAGAUGGCCAUGCCCACGCCAACGGUGUAGUUAGAUAG